GGCUAGCUGCCAUAGCAACGGCGUUCCCGCGCUUGUCACGUGAUCAGCCGGGCUGACUUCCCAGUGGCUCGGCCAGAGCGCUCGUUUCCCGUCGGGCUGCGCACGGCGUUUCCUAGCAACAGAGCCCAAACAUAGGGCGGCGGGAGCCUUGGCAGCCGGCUGGGCUGGGCUGAGACCCCUCCCCCUUCCCCACGGGGCCGAGCCAGGGGCGGGGCCGUGCCAGGUCCUGACAGCUGUGAGGAUGGAAUUAUAGGGGACCCAUUCCCCUAUUCUGGACCCAUUCUUGCCUAGUGGAAUUCCCUGAAGAGACAUUUUACCCGUUCUUUGCCCUUUCUGUGGUGAUCUAGGCACUCUACAGAGAACGAAUCUUUAUUUCGAUUUUACGCAUGAGAAACCAAGCCACAGAGAGGUGGAGUGUCUUGUUUUAGGGCACCUAACAGGUGUUUUCUUUUGAAUAUCAGUGGAAUCACAGGAGCAUUAUUAAGGAGGCUUGAAUUUGGAAGAUACUUUUUAGGGAAUUAAAUGUAAUCUCUCUUACAUGGAGCAAUGCUGAAAUUCCAAGAAGCUGUUCUGCAUGUCAGUGUUUCCAGAUCUAUUUCCACCUUCUCAGAUACCUUGAUUGCCAGAAGGUACAUUCUUCAGAAGAAACUUGGCAGUGGAAGUUUUGGGAAAAUCUAUCUGGUUUUAGACAAGAAGGCAAAACAAGGAGAAGAGUUGUGUCUGCAGGCUGAACUUGCACGUUUGAGGCAAUGCUGGAUUUCUUUGUUGAUGUCAGCUUUCUGUGAAAGAUGGCUGCCGAGAAAAGUUUUGAAGGAAAUCUCUGUUGGAGAUCUCAAGCCAAAUGAGACAGUUGAAGCAAAUCUAGAAGCACAGCUACUCUCCAAGCUAGAUCAUCCGGGCAUUGUCAAGUUUUACGCAAGCUUUGUGGAGCGAGAAAGUUUCUGCAUCAUCACUGAAUACUGUGAGGGUCGAGAUCUGGACUGUAAAAUUCAAGAGUACAAAGAAAUUGGGAAAAUAUUCACCGAAUGCCAAAUAGUAGAAUGGUUUAUACAGUUGUUACUUGGAGUCAACUAUAUGCAUGAAAGGCGAAUACUUCACAGAGAUUUAAAAGCCAAAAAUAUUUUUUUGAAAAAUAAUCUUCUUAAAAUUGGUGACUUUGGAGUUUCUCGUCUCUUGAUGGGUUCAUGUGAUCUGGCAACUACAUUUACCGGAACACCUUACUACAUGAGCCCAGAGGCACUGAAACACCAGGGAUAUAACACAAAAUCUGACAUCUGGUCACUAGGAUGCAUUUUAUACGAGAUGUGCUGUAUGGGUCAUGCAUUUACUGGACACAAUUUUUUGUCCAUUGUGCUAAAAAUUGUAGAAGGUGACACACCUUCUCUUCCUGACAGAUACCCAAGUAAACUGAAUGCAGUUCUGAACAGCAUGCUAAACAAGAAUCCUUUAUUGAGACCAUCAGCAGCAGAAAUUCUAAAAGUCUCCUACAUUGAUGAACAAUUGCAGAAUUUCAAAUGCAAAUUCACAGAUAUAACUAUGAAGGACAAGACACUUAAUUGUCAGAAGGAAGCUGCUCACAUUGUUAAUGCUGUGCAGAAAAAAGUCCAUUUGCAAACUCUGCGGGAGCUGUCUGAGGUACAGAAAAUGACUCCACGGGAACGAAUGAGGCUGAGGAAAUUAAAUGCUGCAGAUGAGAAAGCAAGCAAGCUUAAACGGCUGGCAGAAGAAAAAUAUCAAGAAAACUUCAAAAGAAUGCAAGAACUGAGGUCCCGUAAUUUUCAACAAUUGAGUAUAAAUGUGCUUCAUGAAUGUGAUGAACAGACUUCAGAGCCUUUGAUUCAUUCUCAGCCAGUCACUGAACUGGACUAUGUAUCCAUAGGACAUGAUGAACCAACUGAAAAUGAGGCUCCAAACAGACUCUGUAUGUCUGAACCUGUGGACCAUGAGAUCCCUGAAGAUCCACAAAUUGCAGAAGCAUAUUAUAAUGAUGAGUUUGAUUCUUGCUCAGAAUCAAGUGAAGAAGAGGAGAAAUACAAUGAAGAGGACGAGAAUGCUGAAAUAUCUCAGUCUGUCUCCAGAACAAAUCAACAGGACAGUGAUGUUGAGGCAAUGGUCAUGUAUUUGGAAAAUGUCCUGAAUAACAGCUCUCUAGGCACUGGGACUGUCAUCAGAGUGGCUCCAGUAGUGCCCCAGGGAUUCAGAGUGAUCAACAACACCAUGGCUGAGACCAAGCUGAAACGCAUGAGGGAAUCAGCAAUUCAGAAGUUGGGAUCGGAAGUAUUUGAAAGGGUUUACAGCUAUCUCAAGCAAGCAAGACAGCAGAAUACAAGUGAGGAUGAGGUCAAAGAAUACCUAGAAAAAGUGGUUUCUAGAGCAAGUGAUUGUUUUGAAGUGGAUCAACUUCUUUACUUUGAGGAACAGCUGUUUGCUUCAGCAGGAGAUGCUCAAAUAUAAAAGGUACAGCAAGACUGGACAAAGCUGGAGUUUGGUGAAAUUGCUGUCAACAAAUAAGUACUGAUUACUGGAGUACAUGAUGGGGCAUAGCACUAUGACAUUGAAGAAAUGAUUCAUAUAUAUAUCAGAAUCUUCCCACUUGUAUUGUUCCAUAAGGAUAUGCAUUCUUUUAGGCCCCAAUUCUACUUCUAGAGCCUGAUCCUAUAUUCUCCAAAGUCAAAAAACCUCACAUUGAUAUUAGUGGGCUGAAAUUAGGGUCCCAGUGAGGUCAACAGGAGUUCUGCUAUUGAUUUCUGAAGUAGUAGGCCCAUCAGUCCUAUUGGAGCAUGACACUCCACAACAUACCUGUGGGUUUUACUGCAUUUGGGCUUAGAGAACAGUGUGUGAAUACACACAUUCAUAUGCAUGCGUCUGUGUGUGAAUGUGUAAUUACUAAUCAAGAGCUGCUUACUACUCAUUGUUCUGAUAAAGGCCCAUAUUUCACCUUCAUCUUCUCAGUUAAAAUCUGAGUGGAUGCAUCUACACAUACGCUUUACUGCUGAGUUGACUAAUUAGCUCUGCAGUAAAGCUUCACUGUCCACAUGUGUGCCGAUAUUAGGGCACAGUAAAUUAAUUAACUCCGCAGCCAUGACUGUACAUUCCUGAUGGCACAUGGGUUGUUCCUGACCCUACUGCACAGUAGCUCUUACCUACUUAGCAGUAACUUCAGCAUCACGGCGUCUUGAUUCAUGCCCACCAAUGCUAUAGCAACACAGCGUAGAUCAUGUAGAUGCACCCCCACCUUGAACCAAAUUAAUUUCAGACUUCUUGCUGUCAUCACAUUUUUUCCAUUAUGUGAUCUUGCAGUGUUCAGUGCAGCACUUGUGAAGUGCUCAGGUAUGGAUUGGGCAUCUCUGACACCACAAAUUAUUUCUGUCUGAUCUUGGGCCAUUUAUUCAUAGGUGGGCAGAUCAGCCAUUUAAUCUCUUGAUGCCUCAGUUUUCCUAUCUGUAAGGCAGGGGUAAUGCUGCCUUUGUGAAGAGCUUUAACAUUUUCUAAAGCAAAGUGUUGUAUAAGUAUAAUCUUCUUAUUCAAUUUUAGCAUUACAACAGACUAUAAAAAUAGCAAAUUUGCACAAAUAGACAAGCCAUAACAUUAUGAUACCUCCAGCACCCAAUAAUAGGAGACACCAACACAAUCUGACUACAGCAUUCAUUAGGAACACAUGGCAUCAUAGGUUGGAGGCUGAACCCUACUUAUCAACAUUAACCAAGACAGAAAAUAUGUCCUGUUUCAAACUUGUGGUUUAGUUUGUGGAGUUUGAAUUAAGGGCUGUUGGUUAUGACCAGGAGUGCUUAAUCUGCAGUCCACAGGCUAAAUGCAGCCUGCAGAGCCAUCACAUCUGGCCUGCAGUGCUCCCCACAGCUCAGGAAAUUUAGCAGUGGGUGAAUGGUGGCUGCUAAUACAACUACCCUCCCCUCUGCCAAAUUCCCAAACCCAAAGCCCCACAUGCCCAAUUGAAGCCAGGCCACACCCCCUUCCCCCUGCAGGGCUGAGUUGGGGCUGAGCCAUGCCCCUUUCCCCCACCACUAGGCUGGGCCCCUUUUCCCUGCAGGGCCAGGCUGGGGCCAGAUCAUAAUCCCCACCCCCCUGGCUGGGCCAUGCCCUCUUUCCCCCCAUGCUGCUGGGCUGGGGCUAGACCAUGCCUCCUUUUCUCCCAUGGGGCUAGGCCAUGCCCCCUUCCCCCUACAGUGCUAGGUCAAGCCCCUUCCCCCCCCCCCCCCCCCCCGGCCAUGUCAGCCUUGGGUGCUGGAUCAAAACCACCAUCCUGCCCAUGGUUACACCAGGCACUGCCCAUCUGGCCUGCCAGGGAAAAGUUUUAACACCACUAGUCAAAACUAAAGCCUUUUCACAUGAUUUAUCCAAGGUAUUUUGGUCCCCUACACUGCUAGGCCUGGGCAUCUGCUCCUUUGCUAUACUGAACCCCUUUAAAAGUUGAUGUGCCCAAAGCACAGGCAGCAUUUUUUCCAAGAAUUCGGAAAUGCCUGGGGACUGUAGGAGCUAGUUAGUCAACAAAGCAACCAGUAAUUUAUUUAUGGUCAGAACAAAAACCAAGGGAUACAAACUUAUUGCUGUGCUCCUCUCUCACUAGCUGUGAUACAAAAUAAAUUAUCACAAAGACCUGGAAAACAGUCAUUUUAAGUAAUAGAUCACUUUUUACAAAUAUAAAGUAACAGAGCCAUCAGCUCUUAAGAAAUCAGGUUUUCUCAGUAGCAAUCAAAAAGGGGAAUUGCACGUGGGUGGGCCAGGCUCUCUGGAGCAGUCAGGCACUUGGAAUAUCAUUAAGAGUGCAACCUUUGAAGUUUGGAAUUGUGUUUUGGCCAUACAGGCCAUCCUUAGGGAAAAGCUCACUCUCUGAUGUACAGAAUUUUUGCUUGAUGCACAUUAAAAAGAGAUAAUAAUGGCCUUCAAAGUCA